CACUGCAUGCAUUCAAAAAUGACCCCAGCUGGCAGACAGGAACUGCGUCACGGUCUGCAUAGUUACUUUAUCUAACACCUGCUUGCUCCCAAUGCAACCGUGCGUCACUGAGCAUCCUUUGAGGGGAGGGCUGUGUGUUGUGGUCAAGAGGUAAGAGCCGGGGACGGAUAGUCCUCUCUCUGCACCAGCCGCACUCGCACUUUCUUCAGUUUCACCAUAUCCAACCAGGACGUACAGAUGCCUUUGUCCAGGCGCUGUCCAGCUCGGCCUAGAGGUCACCUGACCGUCUCAUGUUGUUUUGUGAAUUUAGUUCAGUGCUAUUCUUAGCGGCGCUCCCUGGUGAGGAAGAGCAAGCUGAGGGCUAAGGAGAAUGGGAAAGCACACUGGCAAAAUCUCAAAGAUGCCCAGCUGGGCCUCCCCGGAGCUGGAACCCAGUCAGAUCCGCCUCAUCGUCUACCAGGACUGCGAGCGGCGCGGUAGAAACGUUCUCUUCGACUCCGAUGCCAGAAAGAGAAGCACACAAGAAGAUGCUCCGGUCACGAGGGUGUGUGGAGAGACGCAGGCAAAGAUGUUUGGGAAGUGCUGUCAGCUGAGGCCUACAGGGGGCAGCUCCAGUUCUCUGGACAGCAGCUCGUCCUGUACCUCAGAACCCAAAGAACAAAACCGCUUUCAGGGCUCACCCAGGUGCUCAUCAGAUGCUAAUAUGCUUGGGGAAAUGAUGUUUGGCUCUGUGGCCAUGAGCUACAAAGGGUCAACGCUGAAGAUUCACCAGAUAAGAUCCCCACCACAGCUGAUGCUCAGUAAAGUGUUUACAGCGCGGAUGGGCGGCAGCGUCUAUGGCAGCCUGAACACACUGCAGGACAGUUUGGAGUUCAUUAAUCAGGACUCCAAUGCGCUCAGACCUGACCAGAACACUGUAGGCAAUGGCUUCCUGGGAAACAUAGGUUUCUCUCAGCUCUGCAGCCCACGGCGGGCACUUUCAGAGCAGGGCCCUCUCCGUCUCAUCAAGAGCGCCUCUUUCUUUUCAGGCCACAGUAACCCCAUGGACAUGCCAAGCAGAGGACUGUAUGAUGAGAGAGACAGUGGCAUCGCCCGCUCAGCAUCUUUAAGCAGUCUGUUGAUCACCCCCUUCCCAUCGCCGGGCUCCUCUCUCACCAGUAGCUGUGCGAGCAGCUACCAGCGGCGCUGGCUACGCAGCCAGACUACCAGCUUAGAGAACGGCGUCUUCCCUCGAUGGUCUGUGGAGGAGAGCUUCAACAUGUCUGAUGAGCACAGCGGUCCGAGCCUGGGCGUCGCACGGAAGAAGAAGAUCGCUAUUGGUGUCAUCUUUCUUCUGUCACCCAAUGAUGAAGAAAACACCAAGUUUCAAGACUUUUUCUUCUCCCAUUUUCCGCUCUUUGAGAGCCACAUGAACAAACUCAAAAGUGCCAUUGAACAGGCUAUGAUACUGAGCCGGAGGUCAGCGGAUGCCAGUCAGAGAGCUUUGGCGUACAGUCGAAUGGUGGAUGGUCUUAAUGAAUUUAGGACGACCAUCUGCAGUCUGUACACUAUGCCGCGUGUGUCUGAGCCCGUCUGGCUCACUAUGAUGUCGGGUCCACCUGAGAAGAACCAGCUGUGUGGCCACUUCAUGAAGGAUCUGGCCCUGCUCAUGGAACAAGCCUCCAAGAACCAAUUUCUCCCUGCGCUUCUCACUGCAGUUCUCACUAACCAUCUAGCCUGGGUUCCUACAGUCAUGCCCAAUGGUCAGCCACCCAUGAAGAUCUUCCUGGAGAAGCACUCCUCACAGAGUGUGGACAUGCUGGCAAAGACACAUCCCUACAACCCACUUUGGGCACAACUGGGUGACCUGUAUGGGGCGAUCGGCUCCCCUGUGCGUCUGUCCCGUACGGUGGUGGUCGGUCGAUGUCAGGAGCUGGUUCAGCGUCUUCUCUACGUGCUGACCUACUUCAUCCGCUGCUCAGAGUUACUAGAAACGCACCUGCUGGAAAGUGCAGAGGACGAGGCCAUCGUGAUGCCCGGCUCACUCAUCACCACAUCGCUGCGUCCUGGAGAGGUGGAGCAGUCUGACUACGUUCUGGUGACUGUGCAUAAGCCCAGCCAAGACUACCUGUCCCAGGGGGCUGAGACGGAGGACGGCUACCCGUCUGAUGGGAACAGUCUACAGGGCAGCACGUACACGGAUACAGAGACUCCAGAUGAUGGCAAACACUCGUCCCCCAUUAUACCUGUCAUCGAGGCAGACAACAACACCAAUGCAUCUGUCUGCAGAAAAGCAGAAAGCCCCAGGUUUGAAGCACGCCUGGAGACGGUUGUUAGGGUCGGUUCCACCUCACCGUGUGAGAGAGGAGCACUGCUUGAGGUACAAGGGGACGAGCAGUCAGAAGUGCGGGCUGGGGUGGAGGGUGUCUGUGUGCCCAUCAAGAUCUUCCAGUCGUCAGACAUUCUGCUAGAGAGGAAGCCACCUGACAAGAGCUCACUGUGCAUGACCGAUGAUGAUGGCAAUGAACCCGCUUCCAAAGUCACGUUCCUCAUCGGUGACUCCAUGUCUCCUGAGUCUGACUUGGAGAGUCGACAACUAAAGGUGGAAAAGGAGAUCAAGAAACACAAGAGGCUCCUUAAAGAUGUACAGCAGGCCGAGGCCAAGACUAAACCGCAAGUGGACCAAAUCAAGACCAACGAUUGCAAGACAGCUUUGUUUGUGCCGCCUUUCAAGAAACAAAUGUCUCAGUUGCGCCCGAGGACACAAGGAGACUGUAUGGACAUGUUUGAUGAGUAUUUUAAUGAUGACAAUCCUGUGGAGACGAGGACUAUUGAUGACAUCUCCCAGACGCUCGCUCAAACGGGGAUAAGCGAUGCAGGAAAGGACACACCAAACCUUCAGGGAUCCCAGUGGACCGUUGGACAGAGCUGCCAGCACGCAGAAGACAAGAGGUGCAGGUGUAAUACAGACUGUUCUGUUGAGCAGGACGGAGGCAUAGAAAUAUCUCUGAGCGUCCCUUCCCUAAACAAUAAUGGGGAAAAGAAGAAGACUGUCCCGCUGAAUGACUGGGAGAUUCCUCGCAACGAGAGCUCUGAUAGUGCGCUGGGGGACAGCGAGAGUGAGGAUGCCGGACAGGAGGUGCCCAGACAGGAACCCGAUGGACAGUUUUACAGCGAAGAGCAGACCGACUGGCAGGAUGAACUAGAGGUGCCCUUACCGGGGGCGAAGCUGGUAGAGAACUACUCUAAACCAAGUAUUGCCAACUUUGGGAGGUCAUUGUUUGGUGGAUACUGUCCCACAUACGUUCCAGACUUUGUUCUGCAUGGCACGCCCAACGAUGAAAAACUGAAGCAAAACCUUGUGUCAGACAUGGCCCAUGCUGUACAGCACCCCGUGUUGGAUGAGCCUAUCGCAGAGGCCGUCUGCAUUAUCGCAGACACAGAGAAGUGGACGGUGCAGGUGGCCAGUAGCCAGAGGCGAUCUUCUGACAAGCUGGGCAAAGAUGUUCUUGUGUCUAACCUCGUGUCCAACCUGCUGCAGUCUACUUACCAGCUCUACCGUCUCAACCUGUCUCCAAACUUUUGUAUAAUGCAUCUAGAGGACCGGCUCCAGGAACUGUACUUCAAGAGCAAAAUGCUGGCUGAGUACUUGAAAGGACAGACUCGAGUGCAUGUGAAAGAGCUGGGCAUGGUUCUGGGGAUCGAGUCGAACGAUCUGCCCCUGUUGGCGGCCAUCGCGAGCACUCACUCACCAUACGUAGCCCAGAUCCUCCUGUAGGCGGCCGCGGCACAGAGAGCGAGAGACUCUUCAUUCCCCCGCCGUCAGCAGAAGCAGCAGGCUGGUGUACUCCAGGCUUGGACAGACCGCUGGGUUGAGCACCUUGAAGCCCCUGGGACUCCUCGGAGGGGGGCUGUUGAAUCUAACGUUAGCGUUUAUUGUAUCCUGUGGGAAUCAUCUCCGGGUCAGCAGACUGCAGGACAGAUGCUCUGCCUAGAGAUGGCAGCAAAGCCGCAGGUCACUGUCGUGUGGCAUUUAAGGAAGAAACCCAGAUACAUUUUGACAAUGGACAUAUGGACUAUAAUUCCACAAAGCCUAUUUUGUGUUUGUUUGUUUCUUCAGCCCGUAAGAAUGUAGAAGCCAAAGACAAUUUAUGACAAAAAGAACAAAAAACAAAAGCAGUUAUGAACUUUCUAGCACCUUCUCUGAAAUCACAUAAGAAAGAAAUAUAGAUUAUUGGGUAAUUAUAGAAUCAGUUUUAUGAUUUUAAAUGAAUAUAUCAGACAAUUCUCCACUGAUGAUCAUUGCAGUGAUGAUCAAGUAUAUUCCUUUCAAUGUGUUUACAAGUCAGUUCACUUUGUUGUGUACUCAUUACAGGUCUAUUGAAAAUGGCUCCUACCUCAAACCUUCGAUAUCACGUACACACUAUUCUAACAAACACAAUGAAACAUUUGAGGUGAACAGUGUUUCAUUUAUAUUUGUCGGUCACCUAACAAAGAUGACAGUGUGGUACAAUAGCCCGUGAAUGAGGUCUGAGGAUUCACAUUUUUGUAAAACCUACCAAGUCACCUUAGUAGUUAGUAGCGGCAAGAGAACUCAUGUUUUGUGGAUUUUUUUAUCCAUGUAGUCAUUUCUGAAGCAACAUGCUGUGUAAGGUCAAAUCUUAAAAAAGGAUGUUGGGGAGGAGACAUGCAAUGGUCACCAUUCACUACAUUGUACUUUUGCUGGACCUUUUUAAAUAGUGAUUCUGGCACAAUCACUUGUCUUUAGAUUGAAAUGCUAAAACAAUGUUUCAUGCAACGACUCUCAGCUUACAAACAGACUGUGGUAACUGCUGAAAGCAGCUGAAUGAAUCUGAAGAAAUGCCUCAGUCUAUCAAGAUAUUUAUGGUGUGCUUGGAUGGCAAAGGGAAAUGCAGGCGAACAUUUCAAAUGAUUAGUUCGAAACACGCAUUUAAGUCUUAACCGAUGUGACAUAAAAAGAACAAGCCUAGCAAGAGGCAUUGUUGAUCAUUUGCUGGUUAAAAUGUGUACGAGAUGCUUCUGUAUAACACAUCCGAUUUGUUUCGUUUUGUAAUUAAAAAAAAUCUGUGUC